AUGGCGAGAAUGCCUGCCAGCGGAGAUACGGAGCAGGAGCAGAUGAGCUGCCCCGAGAGGAGCAGGGAUGAAGAGGAGGAGGAGGAAGAUGAGGACGAGAUCCAGGAGGUCCAAAUCACCGGAGAGGAAGAGGACGAGGAGUCCGAUAAAGAUGGUGUGGAGCAGGAGUGGGAGUCAGGGAGCACAGUGCUGGACCACAGCGGUUCCGCCGCGGAGACACCAGCGGUCGUUAUGCGGAGUAUGGACCGAGGAGAAGAGGAAGGGGAUGCGGACCCCUUCAGCAGCAGCAUCCCCGCUGGGCUGGACUCUCACCUGGAGGGAGACCUUCAGCCCUCAGAGCGGAACAGACUGAGCGAGAACACCCGUCUGGCCACCCGUUACGCAGUGAGAAUCUUCAGGGAGUACCUCAGUGAGAAAGCCCAAAGUCCAGACUUUGAAACUCUGGACAAGGAGGCGCUCUGCGCGGUGCUGCGCUCCUUUUACGCGGAGGCGCGCUCCAAAAGUGGCCAGUUGUACAGUAAGUCAUCCCUCAUCAGCAUCCGGAGCUCACUGAACCGGUACCUGAACGAGCCGCCCUACUGCCGCACCUUGGAUCUCACCAAGGACCCAGAGCUGCGCAGCGCCAACCUGACCCUGGCUGCGGUCAUACGGAGGCUGGAGGAACAGGGUGCGGGUCCAGUGGUGCAGAAACAAGCCAUCACGCGCUCGGACCUGAGGAAACUGUACGAGUCCUCAGUGUUCAACACUGACACUCCGUUUGGACUGCUCAACAAAGUCUGGUUCGAGACCUGCAUGUAUUUCUGCACCAGGGGCCGAGAGAACCAGCGGGAGUUAGAGGAGGACUCGUUCGGUCUAGCUGUGGAUGAGGACGGGAGAAAGUUCGUGUAUUUUAAAGCUCUUGGACCUUAUCACAAGUCCCGCUCCGCCGCCUGGACCAAGAAGCGUCCCGACUCAGACGAGGACACCCUGCCGAGGAUGUACGAGACCGGCACGGAGCUGUGUCCGUACGCCAGCUUCGUCCGGUACGUUUCUAAACGGAACCCGCUUUGCAGGGCGUUCUUCCAGCGGCCCCGGGACCACUGCUGCGCGAGCGACGUGACGUGGUACGAGAACAAAGCCAUAGGUAAGAACCUGUUGGGCACGAGGAUGCAGAUGUUGUCGCGUGCCGCCAAGCUCUCCAAGACCUACACCAACCACUGCAUCGGCGCCGUCUCCAUAGCAACGCUCAACAGCAUCGUGGGCGCCACUGGCUCCAAGCAGACGACGACGCUCUACGUUGCCUCGGAAACGGUCAACGGUCACGCGCAAUCCCACCUCCAGCUCGUGAUCCCUUACCUGCGCCGGGUCACAGAUGACGAGGACGUGAAGCCGCAGAGAGCAACAUCAGCAGCAUCAGCAGCAACAACAACCAUAAACACAUCAACUACGACAACAGCUGUGAGGAGAGUGAGUGCAGAGGAACACCCGGGGGCUCCACUCUACAAGAAGCUGUGCGUGCGCCCCGGGACACGCGCAGAGUCUCCUGUGGAACAGAAGGAGAGCGAGCCGCUGCACGCGAGAGCACAGGAGUCCCAUAUUCAUACACAGCCAGCCGUCCGGUCUCCAGUCAGCGCUCCCACACAGCUGGAGCUGGGGACCAUGUCUCAUUUUCAAAACUUCUCUGUACAGCAAGGUGAGUCCCUUCAAAGGGUGAGACCUCUGGACAUCAUGGUGGCUGGCAGGCACAACACUUGCAGACUGGGGGGAAAGGGUGCUCCAGGGAAGUGCUGGGAGACUCCAGGGAAACUUGGGAAGCUGGACAGUAGUGGAAGCAGCAGCAGCAGCAGCAUGAUGAGUCAGCAGCUGGUCUCUGUAUCUUCUGCGUCUCCGCUGAGCUCGGCCGGCAUCCCCACCCCCGCCCAGCUCACCAAAACCAAUGCACCUGUCCACAUCGAUGUAGGAGGACACAUGUACACCAGCAGCCUGGCCACGCUCACCAAGUAUCCUGAAUCACGGAUCGGUCGUCUGUUCGAUGGAACGGAGCCCAUCGUGUUGGACAGUCUAAAGCAGCACUACUUCAUCGAUCGAGAUGGCCCCAUGUUCCGCUACAUACUCAACUUCCUCCGGACCUCCAAACUCCUCAUCCCAGAUGACUUCAAAGAGUACUCCCUGCUGUAUGAGGAGGCCACUUUCUUUCAGCUGGCUCCUCUGCAGGCCGAGCUGGAGCACUGGAGGAGUGAGCGAGAACGUAGGCGCGUGUGCAGGGAGAGCGAGUGUGUCGUGGUUCACGUGGCUCCAGAGCUGGGCGAGAGGAUCAGCGUGAGCGCCCUCCCCGCCGUCAUCGAGGAGGUUUUCCCCGAGAUCAUAGACAGCAUGUGCAAUUCUCUAAACGCCAGCUGGAACCACAACUCCACACACGUCAUCUGCUUCCCGCUCAACAGCUACUGCCACCUCAACUCUGUACAGGUGUUGGAACGGUUACAGCAGAGAGGAUUCUGGAUCACAGGCUCAUGCGGUGGAGGCGUGGACUCUUCUCAGUUUAGUGAAUACAUUCUACGAAGGGAGGGCCGAGACAGCUGGCAGCCCCCCACCCUUAUAAGAAUCAAACAGGAACUGCUGGACUGA